AUGUCUGGAGAGGAGAGUCAAUUCAACGUUCAGGGCUACAACAUUGUUACCAUUCUCAAAAGAUUGGAAGCUGCCACCUCCCGUCUUGAGGAUAUCACCGUAUUUCAGGAAGAAGCUAAUAGACAAAAGAAUGGCGCUGAAGCACCGGCAAUCAAUGCAACACAUUCACCUCAAGGUAAUAGUGUGAGUGAUACCUUAGCCACUGUUUCGUCCGCAUCUAGUGUCUCUCCGGGCGGAGUUACAUCACAUGCAAAGGAUGUUCCUGCAGAAAAGAAGAAGUCGAUUCUUGCAUUCGAGCAAUUCAUCCACGACUUUGUUGUUCCCUUUGUCAAUACAUCGAACCAUAUUGAUCCCGUUGUUGGCGAGUCUGCCAAAGCGCUUGCUGAUACAUUUGUUGAACAAACCAAGUUUUUGGAAAUCGUGUCAGAGUCAAAGAAACCCGACAUGACAGAUCCACUUUUAGGUCAAGUGUUGGCACCUACAAAUGAAAAGAUUACGAAGAUUAACAGCUUGAAAGAUGAGAAUAGGAGAUCUACAUACUUUAACCAUUUGAAUGCCCUCAGUGAAAGUGGGGCUGUGUUUUUCUGGAUUGGAAUUGAGACCCCGGUGUCGUAUAUAUCUGAUAUCAAGGACAGUGCAAAGUUUUGGUCCGAUAGAGUAUUGAAGGAAUACAAGGACAAAGACAAGGUGAAUGUAGACUGGGUAAACCAACUCACAAAAAUCUUUGAUGAAUUAAACACUUAUGUUAAGGAAUAUCACACUAAGGGCCCAGCAUGGAAUGGCAAUGGUAAGCCAUUUGCCCAAGCAGUGGAGGAAUUCAACUCUACAGCUAAAGCUGGUUCUGGAGAAUUGCAACAAGAGAAUUCUGCAGAUGCAUCAGGACCACCAGCCCCCCCUCCUCCACCACCAGCUUCAUUCUUUGAAGAAUCGUCUGCUUCUUCUUCCAACACAGCUGAAUCCUCAGCUGGUGGUAUGAAUGCUGUAUUUGCUCAGUUGAAUCAGGGUGCCAAUGUCACCUCGGGAUUGAAGAAGGUUGACAAGUCCGAAAUGACACACAAGAAUCCAGAGUUGAGAAAACAACCUCCUGUUGCUCCAAAGAAACCAAAGAACUUAUCAGGACAUUCUACAUCAACACAAUCUACUCCUACCACCCUUGUCAAGAAGGCACCAAAGAAGGAAUUGAUUGAUGGUAGCAAAUGGAUUAUCCAAAACUUCACUCAAAAUGAUGUCCAAGCACCAAUCAUUAUUGAAACUGAAAAUUCGCAGUCUGUUUUUAUUGGAAAUUGUAGUGAUGUGACCAUCCAAUUGAAAGGUAAGGCUAAUGCUGUCACAAUUUCCGAAACUAAGAAAGUAGGUGUUGUUCUUGACUCUUUGAUCUCAGGUGUUGAAAUUAUCAAGUCCCAUAAAUAUGGAUUGCAAGUGAUUGGAUUAGUACCAAUGAUCAGCAUUGAUCAAUCAGAUGAAGGUUCGAUCUACUUGUCAACUGAGAGUAUUGAUAACGAUUGUCAAAUAUACACUAGUAAAACUACUGCAUUGAAUGUUAAUGUUCCUGAAGCUAAUAAUGAUUUUAAAGAAUUGGCUGUGCCAGACCAAAUUGUGUCUACAGUGAAGAAUGGUGUAUUAUCUAGUUCAAUUGUCGAACAUGCUGGCUAA